CAAGUUGAAGUCAAGGUUCCCUCUAAAGUGCGAUUUACCACACUAAGUACGUUCGUAAAAGGAUCUCAUCGCAGCAGAGACUUAAGCCUGUAGAGGAGCCCGACGAGCAUGAGCGUGUGGUUAGUGUCCGUGCCCAACGAAGGCAACAGCUCGUCCGAGACGACUUUUCUGUCGCUGAAGGCGGAGACAGCCUCUAGUCGCCAUGACUACGCCGGUAAUGAGCUGUAGAAAUGGAAGUAACCACAAAGGUCUCCCUCUUACGCCCCUUCCUCCUCUUACGCUGUAGAGUGCGUUCGCGUGGAGCUUCCGUCGGAUCUACUAGUGGGAACACUUGACUCACUUAUGGCGCUGAGUGACGACCUGAACCGCGUGGACAUGGUGAUUGAGAGCGUCGUGCGCAAGAUCGAGCGCCAAUUCCACGACUUGAACAAGGGUGACCAAGCACUUACAGUGGACGGAGUGCCGGUGGAGCGUUACUUGGGCUUUUUCUCGUGGGACGAGGCCAAGCAUCCGCACCGUCGACCGCUGCCCGAGAUCGUCAGCAUUAUCCAAUCGUCGGUGGGUAAAAUUGAAGAAGAACUGAAGCAACUGAGUACGCGCUACACAGAGAAGAAACAGCAGCUUAUUGGUCUGCAACGCAAGAAAGGUGGCAACCUGAUGGUGGCGAAUCUGAACGAUGUGCUGACGCCUGACGUCGUGUCCACUUCGGACUUUGUCAACACGGAGUAUCUGCAAACGCUGGUGGUGAUUGUGCCCAAGAAUCUGGAGGAGCAGUGGCAGCUUGAGUACGCACAGAUCGGUGACCAGAUUGCAGAGUAUGGUCCCAAGGGCUCGCGUGGAAACGUGCGCGGAUCUCCUGUUGUGCCGGGAUCCUCGCGUAAAUUGAUGGAAGAGGGCGAUUCUGCUGUAUACACGGUGACACUGCUGAAGGGCCAGUACCAACCGGGUUUUGUGGACAAGGAAGGUAACUUCGAGCCAGGCACGACGGUGGACUACAUCGAGGACUUUAAGACGCGCGCCAAGGAAAAGCGUUUCGUGGUUCGUGAGUUCAACUUCGACCCGACAAGUCACGCGUCCAACGAAGAAGCUAUUGCCGAGCUGGAAGUGGAGGUGGAUCGACUUUGGUCGGCGCUUAUUCGUUGGUGCAAGGCACACUUUGGAGAGACAUUCAUCGCGUGGAUGCACAUCAAGAUGGUUCGCGUAUUCGUGGAAUCUGUGCUUCGCUACGGCCUCCCAGUCAACUUUGUUGUUGCCAUGUACAAACCGCAUUCAGGUAAGGAAAAGAAGCUGCGUGCUGUGCUGGCGAAGAAGUAUGCGCAUCUACAGCCGGCCCAGUUCUCGGGUCUUGAAGAGGGUUCUUCAGGAUCGUCACAGGUUGAGUACUAUCCAUACGUCACAAACUCCUUCAACCCUCUCAGCACCACUUAAUCCGGUGUCAACCAAGGCUAGUGAAGCCAAGUCAAGAGAGAUGUGUAUGGUUCCUACUUCGUACAAAUAGUACCCAGGAAAAAAAUUAACAAGACGAUCAAAGACAAACCCUUCGUGUUAUUCAUUGCAAUCAAUAAAAAAAAAUAAUCGAUGAUAGUGCAUCCAAUGACUACAACA